UCCCCACCAACACUGCGCACAAACCUGACUCGGUUUGAAAGUCAGUAACUUCUUCAUAUCUUUAGCACUAUUUUAAUAGCCGGCUGUAAAUUAUUAUAAUGUCGAACUUGUGUGUAGCAGCCCUCGCGGUGCUCCGGCAGAUAGAGCCGAUCAUUAUACUGGAGCAACUGGGCAGCACUUUGUUCGACACCGCCGUGCAGAUGGUGGUGAGAGACAGGUGUGCCAAUGCCAGCUAUCCCGAUCGCUCCAGAGAGGCCAGCCAGCAGAAAGCCAUGACGGAUUUUUUCAUGACUUACAGCCUCAUAAUCCGGCUGAUUCCGAUCCUUCCUUCUCUGCUCCUGGCUAGACUAAGCGACCGCGGCUGGAGGAAAGCGCCCAUCGUGGUGCCACUGAGCGGGUACCUGCUGUCCAGUUUCGCUCUGCUCCUGGUUGUCAUCUUCAGCUUCCCGCUGGAGCUGAUGUUCGGAGCGGCUGUGCUUUUCGGGCUCUCCGGGGGUUUCGGCGCUUUCUGGCCCGGCGUGAUGACUCUGACAUCGCUCGGCUCCACUGCCGCAGAUCGCUCCAAGGCGAUGAUGAGAGUGGAGCUACUGUAUGGGUCCGCAGGUUUGGUGGGUAGCUUGGUGUCAGGUCAUCUGUUCCAGCUGUACAGCUCCAGUUUGGGACAUGGUAUCAUCUUGCUUACUGUGAGCACAGUGCUGCACCUAAUCUGCCUCAUAUUCGCCAUCAUCCUGCUGCAGGUGAAACAAACAUGUCGUGAGGAUACAGAGGAAAACUACAAUCUCCUCUUUCCCACCCCCUGUAAUUCUCCUGUUGUUGAGGCUGCUGCUGGCAUCAACAAAAUGAACUUGGUCUUGCUGUUUGCGGCAGCCUUCCUGUACGACUUUGCAGUGGGUGGAGCCAUAGAGAUUCUGGGCUCUUUUGUGCUGAAAGCACCACUCAGCUGGACCGCCACACAGGUUGGUUAUGGGAAUGCAGCAGGUUGUGGAAUUUUCCUCACUAGUUUCCUUGGUGUGAUUGUAUUCCGUCGCUGCGUCAGUGAUGUGACGUUAAUCCUGAUUGGCAUGGUGUCAUUUGCUUCAGGGAUCUACUUUAUGACCUUCGUGACAACAACCACCAUGUUCUACUUUGCUCGUUUACUCAACCUGUUUGCACUCAUCCCACUGCCAACAAUCAGAUCACUUCUCUCACAACAGGUUCCAGCAUCCUCAUACGGUAUGAUUCUCACCUUCCUGCAGUUGACUCUGAAGGUUGCUGGCCUGGCAUACAUCCCUGCUUACACUAAAAUAUAUCAGAACACCCUGGACUGGUUUCCAGGCUUGAUCUUCCUUCUCUCCAGCAUUGUCACAGUGCUUGGGAUGAUACCCAUCAGUAUUGUAGGGUGCAGAAUAGCUCGGAGGCAACCCUACGAGAGGAUUCAGGAAGAGUGAUGCAGACACUGGCAGAGGGUUCAUGUUGGUACAAAGCAGAUGGGAACUGAAACUUGAAGUAGUUGAGAAGUGAACAGUGCUUAUAGUGUCAUUUUCUUAAUUGUUAGUGCUGUAGCUGCAAAAACAGACUCUUUAGCCUGUUACAGAAAGAAAAAACUGCCUUUGUGGAUAGAUGACAUGCUCUGACUGGGUGGUGGGAAAACACCUCAAACAUGUUUGGGAUAAAGGUUGAAGAUAGUUGAACUUUUGGCAGACGCAAGCACACGUCAUCAACCAGUGGAUUUCAUCAAGUUGUAUCAACUGACCGCAGCAAGUCAUUUAAAAAAAAAACAUUACACCCCAAGUGAUUUCAACACAAUGUUGAUUUGUCAAUGGGAGUGUAACAUAUGAAAGUCCCUAAGGGUUACACAUAGGAGAAAAUAUAAUACAUACGUCAAUCUGGCUUGAAAUAAACAGGUGCCUGACCACCAACGUCCAUUGCUCAGUUUCAGCUUUCAGCCACAAACUUUAUAUUUUUACACCAUGACUCUAAUUCUUUUUUCUGGAAUUUAAACUCUUGUGGUAGAUUUGUUUAUCAAAUCAGAAUUAUUUGGCAGCUGCUGGGAUGUUCUUUCUGUAUUUGAUGGUUUACAAGGGUCUUGGCUCUUUUCCUAGUUUUUGAGUUAAAUUUUAAGGUGUACAGAUUCUUAUACAUUUUUUCUUAUUGUUUCAGCUGUAUUGUGUUACAGCAAGGUUACUAUUUAACUCUUAUUCAAGGACAAAUCAAAACAAUACGCUUUUAAUACUUUCAGUUUUGUUUUCCUUGAUAUUUACUUUCUGAUUUUACCAUCUUUCUGCUACAAGUUGGCCAUAGUUUUACUUUUCCACAGGAAAAAAAAUAAAAAAGCUUUUCCAGCAGCUGUAGUUUAACACAUCACAUAUUUUAGUCUGAAUCUUGUAGCAAUGUCUUGGAGUCAUCACCGUCACUCCUUUAUGGAGCUAAGGUUUCAACACGAGGACCAUGAGAGUGGCUCAGAACACUUCAGUACCAAAAUAGUAAUUUCGUUUUACAAUUCAAUCCUUAGACUUUUAACAACCCUCGUUUAAAAUCUGCACUGAGUGACUGAAAUCAAAGGUAUUUAAGACGAUUUAUUGCCAUAGCAAUAUAUUACAAGUAAAUGCAAUGUACAGGCAUUACACCUUUUUUUUUUUUUAAACAGUAUUAUGUUUAAAUCAAAGAUAAAUUCUAAUAUGAUGUGAUUGCGAAGCUAAACGUUAUUGCUUUCUCUAUACCAAACCAAUAGCUGCAUGUUAUGUGUUUCCCAAAAGGAGAAGAUCUUUGCUGUUGUGAUCACUGGCCGUAACUCAUAAUUCAUUUUGUAUUAAAUCAUCUCAUCGUUAUUUAUGAUCCUGUCAAUGAUCAUGCAAACACCAACCACUGUGUAAUAAUUUACAUGUAAUGAUGAACUAAUCAGCAAUGGGGUAGAUUAAACAUUAACCAGCACCAGUACUGAUAAAAAGAGAACAAAAACCGUCUUCUGUUCCCAUUUAUGCUAGGAAACAAUGAGGGAAGCUAAUGAGCAGCUAACAGACAAUGCUAAUGGUUUUUUAAUGUCAACACCAUGUAACAAUUACACAUCAGACAGGUGAUGCAUUAUUGGUAUGUUGAAGGAGAAGAAGCAUUACAUGAUGUUAAAUCUGUACAUCAAGCUUGUAGAGAAG